AUGCUGACCUCCUUCUCGUGGGUGCCGAAGGGCGCCAUGAAGCCCGUCCCGCUCCACUCCACGGAGAGCCUGGAGACGGUGCGGGAGAAGCUGCAGCGGCAGAACCCCGAGUACGUGACGGAGGAGGAAGUGGCGGCGGCAGGCGGACGCGGGCCACUGGCGGGCGAUGAAGACGGCGGCAGCGAUACAGACAGGGCCGACGGUGUGAACGCUCUGCAGUUUGGCGGCGGCGGCGACACCAUUUUGGAGCAGGUAGAGUCGGACGAUGAGGAGGAGGCCAACGACACGAACUUCAGGGAGACGGACAUUGUCUUCGUCACGGCCUCCGCCGAGGAUCCUCAGCCGCGGCUGGAGCUCUACGUCUACGAUGAGCCAGAGGACACCAUGUACGUCCACCACGACGUGGAGAUCGCAGCCUUUCCCCUCAGCACGGCGUGGCUUACAGACGGCACAAUGUCGCUUUGCGCCGUCGGUACGAUGCGGCCAUUUGUGGAACUCUGGAGCCUUGACGUCAUUGACGCGGUGGAGCCGGUCUGCCUACUGGGCGGCUGCGUCAAGUGGGAGGACAACUACAGAAAAAGUAUUAAGCCCCGCAUGCUGCAGGACGACUCGCACAAGGACGCCGUGAUAAGCGUCAGGUGGAACACGUGUGCGCAGCACAUACUAGCCUCCGGCAGCGCCGACAGCAGCAUUAAACUGUGGGACCUCAACACCUCCAAGUGUGUCGGCACGUACGCGGAGCCAGAUAAGCUGCAGAGCCUCGACUGGCACCGCGAGGAGGCGAACCUGCUGCUCUCGGGUGGCUUUGACGCGACGAUGGUGCUGCGCGACUGUCGCUCACCCAACCAGGCCGCGCUGCGCUUUGGCACGAACGGCGUCGUUGAGCACGUGGAGUUCGCCCCGCACGGAGGCAGAGUCCUCUACGCCUCCACGAAUACGGGCGGCUGGAUGGCGUUUGAGGCGCGCAUGCAUGCGCAGCCCCUGUGGCAGCUGCAGGUGCACGAGGCGGAUACCACCUUCGCCGCCUCGCCGCACCUCGCCGGCCUGCUUGCCGCGGGAGGCAAGGACGGCAACAUUAGUCUCUGGGACGCGCGCGACGCGUCUCGGCCGCCCACGCAGAUCGUAUCUCGGUCGUACCGCACGGGGGCGGUCCUCUCGGUGGCGUUCCACCCCAACUCCCCGCAUAUUCUCGGUGCCUGCGGCAGCCGCGGCGAGCCGCUUGUGUACACCACCACCAGUGACAUAAAAGACAUAUUCCGACCUCAGUAG